UCACCUCUACAACAGAAAAAAUGGCUGUUUUAGGAAUAAACAAACACAUUUUACAGAAGGUGCUAGCUGUUCUUUUUGUCUGUACAUCAAUCUUUUUGAUAACAAGUAAAGGUAGUUCUAGCGGGAUAAUGAGAAUACUUUCCUUGAAUUCCUUACAACAAUCUCUACAUAAGGAAACAAUAUCGGACCCUGGAUUAAAAGAACUACAAGGGAAGGAGCUCCCCAUUGUUCAUCCACAUUCUUGUAUUAGAACCCAAGCAAUUUCCCCUCAACAAAUCAGCUAUAUCAUGUGCGUCAAACCUAAUGAUUAUAUUUCCAACCUGAUUCUAAACGAUGGUAUAUUUGAAAGACAAGAAGUUGAACUUAUGAUUUCUCUACUAGCGGACUAUUCUAACUCAACAUUUCUAGAUCUUGGAGCCAAUCUGGGAACUUUUAGUGUUGCAGCAGCUGCUUUUAAACACAGAGUUGUUUCAGUUGACCCAUUCAUCAUGAAUCAUGCAUACUCCAGGUUGAGUACUUUGCUCCAGGGAUCUGAGGAUUAUGUCAGAUAUAUUGUAAACACUGUCAGUAAUGGAACAGAAGUGUUAUACCCCUGGUACAGGACUGCUGGAAACGAAGGUGCUACAUCCUUUAUUACUUAUGAGACAGCUGUUAAAAAACCGUCUACUGAGGUUGGCAGCCCAGUUUAUCCAGUGCAGCUUCAGGACAUUCUUGAUACUAUUCCUACAGAUACAGUAAUCAUCAAAAUAGAUAUUGAAGGACAUGAAUGUAGGGCUUUAGUUCCAUACUUGACAAAGAAAAACAAGACUAAGUAUAUCCCUUAUAUAAUGAUAGAAUGGGUUUUUAUCUCUCACAAUACAGAUGGAUACUGUCCAGAAGUUGGUAUUCUAGUUCAGGCUUUUGUUGAUUCUGGAUACUAUGCUGUAAAUGUUUAUGAUUUGUCAAAAAGAGCUAAUAACAGCGAAGAAAAAUCUUGGAAUAACAUGCUCUGGGUUCAUCAACAUGCAGCAAAGCAGUUCUGAUCAAUAUGGAAAACUUUAACAUUUGUGUUUUUUGUGGUUGUUGUCAUUUUUGUUAUUCACUGUUUUUUUAUAUCUACAUUUAAAUGCUUUCUUUUAUAAUAAUAGAUUAAUGUCAUAUGUA